AUGUCGCCCUCGGCCGAGACCAAUGGUACUAUUCCUUCUAGAAAACUAGAUGUCCUGAUAGUUGGUGCGGGAUUUGGUGGUCUUUACCAACUCUACGUCAUGCGGAAACAAGGCUACAACUGCAAAGUAUUUGACAGUGCUUCCGGACUCGGCGGGCAAGUCCUAUCGAUCUUUUUCUCUAGUUAUCACUAAUUAUGCUACCUAGAAUUUGGUAUUGGAAUUGCUACCCAGGAGCACGGGUUGACAGUCACGCACCAUUAUACGGAUACAGCAUUGAAGGUCUCUACAAAGACUGGACAUGGACAGAAAGAUUCCCGGGAGGAGAAGAACUUCGCCAAUACUUCGACUACGUUGACAAGCGACUUGACCUGAGUAAGGAUAUUGAACUGAAUACCUCUGUGGACGCUGCAGAGUUUGAUACGAAUGCCUCUGUAUGGAGAGUUACUCUGAGUACAGGCGAGGUUAUAGAGUGCAAAUAUUUCGUACUCGGCACCGGGUUUGCAGCUAAGAACUACGUACCGGAUUUCAAGGGAAUGGAGAGAUUCAAGGGGAUAAUGCAUCAUACAUGUUUGUUUCUCAUUUUAUCUAUCGAAUGUACAUCGCUAACGACAGAAUAGCAAAAUAUCCACAAGAAGGUAUAGAUCUCAAGGGCAAGAAAGUGGCUGUUAUCGGUACAGGAGCAUCAGGCGUCCAAACCAUCCAAGAGAUAGGUCCAGAAGUCGGCCAUCUCACCGUCCUCCAACGAACACCCAAUCUCUGCAUUCCCAUGCGGCAACGUAAACUCGAUCCUGUCGUUGAGGCAGAACUCAAGAACCAAGGUGAGUACGAGAAGAUCUUCAAAACGCGUGGCGGUACAUUCACAGGCUUUGAAUUUGAAUGGAUCUACAUCAACGCGGCAGAUGCGACGGAAGCGGAAGUAAGAGAAACAUAUGAGAGGUUGUGGGAAAUGGGUGGUUUUAAUUUCUGGGUUGGGACGUACCAAGAUGUUCUCUACAAUCAAGAAGUCAAUGACGGAGCAUAUAAAUUCUGGGCGGAGAAACACAGAGCAAGAAUCAACGACCCGAGAAAGAGGGACCUUCUCGCGCCUUUACUGGAGAACCAACCGCACGCCUGGGGUAUCAAAAGGCCAUGUCUCGAACAAAGAUAUUACGAGGUUUAUAAUCAGGAGAAUGUCGAUUUGAUCUCGGUCAAGGAAAAUCCCAUUGAUACUUUCACGGAAAAGGGUAUCUUGAUGAGCGAUGGUCAAGAGUUGGAAUUCGAUGUUAUCCUCCUGGCUACCGGAUUUGAUACCCAAACUGGUGGGUUGGUGCAGAUUGAUAUUAAAGGUGCGGAUGGAAUCACGUUGAAAGAUAAAUGGGCAAAGGGUGCUUGGACGAACCUGGGAAUGACAACGAAUGGUUUUCCAAAUAUGUUCAUCCUGUAUGGUCUGCAAGGUAAGCCUUACAUCCCUCUCACCCCUCUCUCGUUUGUGGUGGUUAUUGACGCGAUUACAGCGCCGACUGCUUUUGCAAAUGGCCCGACUCUUGUUGAGGUACAAGGUGAUUGGAUCUCCGACGCCAUCAACUAUUGCGAGAAGAACAAUAAAAAGACCAUGGAUUCGACAGCGCUUUCUGAGGCUAGAUGGACGAAGAUUGUCGAUGAUAUGUGGAAUACCUCGCUAUUUAGAUUUACACAGGGUUGGUACAAUGGUGUAUGUUCUCCCUUUCUAUGAGUUUUUAAGAAAGAAAGACUAAUUUGUAAAUGAAGUCAAAUAUCCCGGGCAAGACAAAACAAGCUUUGAAUUAUACAGGAGGCGUCAAUAAGUAUAUGGCAGAGGCGAGAAGAAUUGCAGAAGCAGGAUAUGAGGGCUACGUGUUUGACAAGCUGUAUGUAUGAAGCAAGCUAGCACUGAGCCGAGCCUGUAUAUCAGUAGCUCUUGGUGGACCUCAACAGGAUCCGCUAUAUAUAUUCUUGGGAGGGAGACUUUCCCAAGUCUGUCUGUCUUGUAACAUGACAACACGGGUUAAGAAAGGAAAGCAGGUCACAACAAAUGGAAUCCUCUAGAAUGACCAAAAUAU